ACCAACGAUUUGUAUUUCUGUGGCCGCUACAUAUACUAGUAUUCCGCGUGCGUGAGCGGCGAGCCAGCUUAGCGCUUGCGCAUGCGGACGCGUCUGUCUCGAUCAAAAUAUAUUUAUAAAAUAUAAUGAUUAGUCGAUAAAUUUGAUCAAAAUUAAUCUUAGAAAUACAAUUUUUAUUUGAGUAUAAUUUUUAUUUUUUAAAAUUAAAUAAAUACCAUGUAAUAUUGUUCAGAUCAUUUGAAAAGCCCUUUUUAAAGUUUUUGUUGAUGAUAAAACUUAGCAAUUCGGCAAUUUCUGAACUCUGGCCCGUGGAAAUCUGUGGAAAUUUCUUGCGGAAAUCGAACACAAAUCGACAUUUCGCCGCGUGAACGUGUCAUAUAAGUUGCUGUCUGUAUAUCGUCACACAAUCUCUACACUACUCAUGAAUAUUGAGGGUAAAGUGGUUAUCAAUAAUUGAAGACAAAUAGACAAUCAAAAUGGCAGAGGAUUUGGAUGUUGAGGCCAUGUUGGAGGCCCCCUACAUGUACAAAAAAGAGGAAGCCGCCCCAGAGAAAGAUGAUCAACCCACACAUGAAGAAACAGAAGAGGAAGCCCCGGCGUCAAAGAAAAAGGAAGAAAGGAGAAGGAGUCGCAGCAGGAGCAAAGGAAGGAAACGCAGCCGCAGCAAGAGCAAAGAAAGACACAGAGAUCGCAAGGAUCGCGACAGAGGCCGAGACAGGGACCGUGAAAGAGACCGGGACAGGGGAGACCGAGACAAGGAUAGAGAUCGUGACAGGGACCGAGGUGACAGGAGGGAUCGUGACAGAGACAGGGACAGACGAAGGAGCCCGCCGAGGAGACGGAGCCGAAGCAGGGAGCGCUACGGAGGGUACAGGGGAGGAGACCGAUGGGGUGGAGGAGGCUAUAGGGGUGGUCGAGGUGGCUAUUAUCACAGAGACAGGGAGGAAGACAACUACAGAUCCAAAAGAUCACGCAGUAAAGAACGCAACAAGGAAAUCAGCCCUGUGCGGGAUGAUCCAGAUGCAGAUACGCGUGAUGCCAGAACUGUUUUCGUUAUGCAACUUUCACAGAGAGCCAAAGAAAGGGAACUCAAAGAAUUCUUCUCAUCAGUUGGAAAGGUGAGGACUGUCAAAAUCAUCACAGAUCGUAACUCAAGGAGAUCAAAAGGAGUAGGAUAUGUGGAAUACGAUUGUGCAGACUCAGUACCUCUGGCACUAGGACUCAACAAUCAGAAGUUACUAGGUGUUCCCAUCAUCGUACAGCCGUCCCAUGCAGAGAAGAACCGGUCAGCUGGUCAGAAUGUUACCCUGCAGAAAGUCAAUUCAGGUCCUAUGAGGCUCUAUGUAGGAUCUCUUCAUUAUAACAUCACAGAAGCUAUGCUCCGGGGCAUCUUUGAACCGUUUGGUAAAAUUGAUAAUAUUCAACUCAUGAUGGACACAGACGCCAAUCGAUCCAAGGGAUAUGGUUUUAUUACUUUCCAUGAUGCCGAGGAUGCCAAGAGGGCUCUAGAUCAGUUGAAUGGAUUUGAGUUAGCAGGAAGACCCAUGAAAGUCAACCACGUUACAGAGAGGAAUGAACAAGGUCAACAGACGCCGUCGUUUCUAGAUAGCGAAGAGCUUGAUAAGAGAGGCAUCACACUCAAUACUACCGGCAGAUUGCAACUUAUGGCUAAACUAGCAGAAGGCACUGGUUUCCAGAUCCCCGCUGCUGCAGCGGAAGCGUUGCAUCCGCUGAGCCAGGUACCAGGGAUGGGUCUACCAGGACUCCAGGUGAAUCCAACCCAGAUGACCUUACCACAGCCAGCAGCUGGUUUGAACCUACAGGAAUCCCUGCAAGCUGCUCAGCUACAGGCUCAACAGAGUGCGCAAGCUCUGGCAGCAGCCACUGCUUCAGCUCAACAGACCAAUUUGGCACUAGGAAUGGGAGCCGUACCAGACGUGUUAUCAGGCAUCCCACCUCUCGCAGCUGGUCUAUUACCUGAACCAGUACCUCAGGUACCACCGCCCGUACCACAGGUCCAAGCACCGGCACCACCAGCAGCAGCAGGUGGACCUACUGGAGCUGGAUCUACAGCUUGCUUCAUGCUCUCCAACAUGUUCGAUCCUCAAGCAGAGACAAUGAUAGGUUGGGAGACAGAUAUCCGAGAUGACGUGAUUGAGGAAUGUAAUAAACACGGAGGAGUGCUUCAUAUACACGUAGAUAAAGCAUCGCCGCAGGGAAAUGUUUAUGUCAAAUGCCCAAAUGCUCAGAUAGCUAUGGCGGCUGUUAGUAAUCUGCACAACAGAUGGUUUGCAGGUAAAAUGAUCACCGCAGCCUACAUGCCAGUGGCCAACUACCAUGCCAUCUUUCCGCAAGCUGCAUCAGCUACAAUGCUACUUCAACCCAGCACACCCAGGAGAGUGUAGCACGCUGACAGCAACGCUCUCCUUUCUGUCACGUCCAUGUCGCAGAAGUUGCUUCAGCCGUGACAAUUUUUACAGAACGUUCGAUACCAAAUAUCACCUCUUCUGUGCUGCGUGGGUGCUACAAGCAAAGCCAAGAGAUUAAUCGGUGAAACGUGUGACCAUCUUCUCUACUCUGGAAUUAUUGCCAUGCAGGGUUCCGUAACACAAAGAUUUGCGAUGGAUUGCAAAUGUGUAAGAACCGCACUGAUUGGUCCCUGGUCAGUAUUUCAAACCAAAUGCGCGUGUAACAUUGAUGUUGAUUGGUCAGUUCAUUUAGCGAUUGAUCGCUAAUCUUUGUGUUACGGAGCCCAGUUGUCAUUAAUGUCUAAUCAAAUGCUGAUACUUGGGCUUUGUUCUCUGAUUCGGUCUACAUGGAGUGGAUAAUGUACGGUUGAUCCCUUGCAAAUGGAAAUCGGUGUCUGACUAGGUAUUGAAUCGACGAUAUAUGCCACAUCGAUUUCUGCCGCUUGCUGCGCAGCUAGCAGGCUUGAUUUAUCACAAUAUAUGUGCCCAUAAGACUGAAAAUGUUCCAAAACUUUUGUUUUUUUUAAUAUGAGAAGUUUAUUGUCAAGCAGAGUGCUUAUAAUACCCUUUGUAAAAGUUCUAUUAUGUGGUUUUUAAUGUACAAUGUACAUGUGUUUUUAUGAUUAUCUGAUCUAAUAUCUAUUAAUACAGUAAUUCAUCACACUUGCCCACUCUUAACCACUACCCUGCCAAUGGGUGAUAUCUUAUUUCAAGAAAGGUUUUCAUAUAAUAUUUGUUAAAGAAAAAAAAAAGAAUUGUUUUGUUUUUAAAGAAGAAUAUGCUUAUGGUUUGCAGGGAGUUCAUGUGUUUUAUUUAAUUUUAUUAAUUGGAUUUGAUCCCAAACAUCAGUCUUUCUACUUCAUGUAGGCUGUUUAGUAAAGUGAUGCACUGAAGUUUUUGGGCAAUUUAUAAAGCAUGUAAAUGGGACCUCCUAUACCUGGAAUCUUUCUUAAAAUUAUAACUCUCUGCUUCGUGCGUCGUAUUAAAGCAUGUAAUGAUUUGAAAUUAUCAUGGCUUGAGCCAUUCAAGAAAUGAAAUAAGAAUGGAGAAAAUGUGGUUGAUUAUUACCCAUAUCAAACAUCCGAGCUGGUAAUUUACAAAACUGUAAUGCCCUAGAUUUCAUAAAUAUCAGAAAGGGAUAGGUAUAUUAUUUGUAUUUUCCUCUGUCGCUCUGCGCGUACUGACUUUGCAUGCUGAGAUGAUUCAAAAUAUACCUUUGUAUUUUCCCUGGUCUCACAUCUAGGCAUCUGAGGACGUGUAGAAAGAGAUAGGCGUCAUAUUGAUCUGCGCCGUGCAAUAUGUGUCAUAAUGUCAGUCAAGAUGAACAAACGCUGGAUACUGUGACAUUUCUUAUACGUCUCAAUGGUAAAGCUUAUGAGGCUCAGCCUGCCCAACAUGGAAAAUAGAAUCACACUCUUAAAGGUUAAAAUACUUAAUGUUUCAUGAUUUUGCUCUUGAUGUCUGAUUUCGAUGAUAAAAAUAUUAGGUGGCUCUUCUUUCGGGAAACGUCAAAUAUAUUGCCCUUAAGACUCAGUGCCAAUAUGAUUCUAUUGCGGGCUAUGUAUUUGUUGUACCCUCGAGUCCAGUCAAUAUUUUAUGAUUUUUUUUCAUGGGAUUGCCCUUUAUGUUAACUGUCCAUGUUGCAAUGGACCUCAGUUUAUCUGACCUCCCCCCGCUUCCAUAUAUCCUUCCUUAUCAAGAUGCUCCCCCUCAGUACCAAGAACCUGGGGUCUGUUUCAUAAAACACUUAGGAUUAUUGAAAGUUUACCAUUUGUUGUAACUACUAUGGUGAUAAGGCUCAGUAGCCAAUCAAUGUCAAGGUACAUGUACUUAGUUACAUUAUGGAAAGUUUACCAUAAACAGAGGUCUUUAUGAAACAGGGUCCUGAACCAAUUUCAUCCAGCAUCCACUUUUAAUAUCAGUCCUUGAAGGGAUUAAUUUUGCUCACCACAUUUGAUAAAUAUUUUUGGUCAUUAUAAAAAAGUUCUCAAUUACGUUAUGUACGUUCCUGAGCUAAAAUCUGCUAAAGAAAGACAUUUUGUGUUCCCAGCAGUCUUAAAAAAAAUGUGGAGCAAAUUGUGAUGCAAUAACAGGAAUAUUAUUCGGUCUUAUCAUGCCAUAGUGAGUGUGUGAACGCACCACAAACCUAGUUAAUGUGCAAGCUAUCACAAUGAGCUUCUUUUGGUGCCGUUGAGAAUAUUUUGCUUGAAUGAUGCUUGAAUCAAAUGUCCCCGAGUUUUUUCAGACUUGUAAAUUUUUUAUUAAUAUGAUGCCUGUACUUGUAAAUAAGGGGUCUGUUUUUACCCAAACUAGCUUUCUGAUGUCAACGAGUUGUUUUGACUUUUUUCCCUCUUCAGUAUUGAUCAAGAACAAUGACAUUUUGUAAAUAUUAUGUAAAUACAUAUGAGAUACUUUGAGAUAAAUGCCCCCCCCCCCCUAUUUUUUAUUCUGGUCAUAUAUGAUUUAUUUCUUGGUUCAUAAGUUCCUCAUGACAUGUCAGUAGACAUUUACAUCAUAUGUUCACAGUAUAAAACCAUACGAGAUAGCUGUGUUCUGGCCAGGCUCCUUUGGGAAUGUGGCUGUCCUUUAAUUCUGUGAUAAUGAAAUUAAAAUAUAGUACCUACUUGUGCAAAAACCUUUGCAUUGAAAUAACUUUUCCAUUUAUUUUGGAUACAUGUGCAGAACGUCAUAUUUAAAAAUAUUGAGUAAAGCAGAACUAUUAUGAACACAUGUGUAUGAUCCUCACGUCAAGGCACUUUCAAAUGUGAAUGCAUCAGUGUAAAGUAUAAGUUUAUUUGAGGGAAUAAAACACCUAAUAUUUGUCUAUGCACAUAGCUCCUUGAAAUUUGUUUUGUGCUUUUGACACGCAUCAAAUAAAUAUUUUACACAAAUUUUCUGCGACAGCAGAAAUUAGUAGAAUUUUUUUUACCUGAUCCACAUUCCUAUACAGAGAAAUUUCUAUUACAAGGAGAUAUUUCUUGUUAGAUUACAUCUUUUCUGGCAUUGUUUCUGUAGAAUGAUUUACAGACAAUUCAUUACCUGAAAUAAGAAAGAAAAAAAAUACUUCAUUUUACUAUACUUGUGAAACUGGGCACAAAGGUUUUAGACUGGUAUAUUAUGGUUUGUAGAAGUACAAGGUGGUGAAUUUUGGCUUGAAAUAUGUUUAUUUUUUUCUCUAUUGUGUGUACAUGAUUUGAUCGGACCCCCCCCCCAAAAAAAAAAAUAAUCACGGAAAUUCAAAACAAACUUGGAACCAUCAGCUCACAUAGUUUCCAAAGGGGUAUUGAACAAGCGAAUCUUUCUCUACAUGUAUCUUUACCUUAUUUUUUUGUCUGUUCCACUUUCAUUUUUUCUUCAAUCAUCAACAUCACUUGUAUUGAAAAUAAAUUUUAUACAGAAAUCCAA